AGUGUUGAAAGGAAAAGAAAUGGAAAUGGAAAUUGAAAAGAAAGCAGUAGCAGAAGAAGGCCAAGAGCAUGAGUAUGGCCUCCAAGUCCCUCUUCUCACUCCAUACAAAUUGGGAAACUUCCAACUUUCCCAUAGAAUUGUUUUGGCGCCAUUGGGCAGGUUGAGAUCAUUCGGACAUGUUCCUCAGCCACCUGCUAUCUUGUACUAUUCCCAGAGAACCACCAAAGGGGGGCUUCUCAUAGCAGAGGCCACUGUAGUUUCUGCCACAAGCAAAGGGUACCCAGAUGCACCUGGUAUAUGGACAAAGGAGCAAGUAGAAGCCUGGAAACCCAUAGUGGAGGCUGUGCAUGACAAAGGUGGUAUCUUCUUUUGCCAGAUUUGGCAUGGGGGAAGAGCUGCAAAACAAGGUACUAUAUCUUGUACGGACAAGCCAGUGGCUCCUCAGCACCUUCAUGGUAUUGGUGCCGCCGAAUUUUCACCUCCACGACGCCUGACUGCAGAUGAAAUUCCCCAAGUUGUCAAUGAUUUUAAACUUGCUGCAAGGAACGCUAUGGAAGCUGGUUUCGACGGAGUUGAGAUCCAUGGGGCUCAUGGUUAUUUAAUAGACCAGUUUAUGAAAGACCAAGUCAAUGACCGCACAGACAAGUAUGGAGGCUCUAUGGAGAAUCGUUGCAGAUUCGCUAUAGAAAUAGUUGAAGCUAUCGCUAAUGAGAUAGGAGCAAAUAGAGUGGGAAUAAGGCUUUCUCCCUUUGCAAAUUACAUGGAAUCAGGAGACUCAAACCCGGAGGCUCUAGGCCUCUAUAUGGCUGAAUCAUUGAAUAAAUAUGGUAUUCUCUACUGUCACGUGGUUGAGCCUAGGAUGGAAACUAUGCUGGAACGAAAAGUUGAAUGCUUCCAUAGUCUUCUGCCCAUGAGAAAGGCUUUCAAUGGUACUUUCAUUGUUGCAGGGGGUUAUGAUAGGGAAGAAGGUAACAGAGCUGUGGCUGAGAACCGUACAGAUCUUGUUGCUUAUGGUCGGUUUUUCUUGGCUAAUCCAGAUUUGCCGAAGAGAUUCAAGCUUGAUGCUCCUCUCAAUAAAUACAAUAGAGACACAUUCGCCAUACCAGAUCCUGUUAUUGGCUACACUGAUUAUCCAUUUCUUGAAACAACUACUUAAAUUUUCUAUGCAGGAGAAUAUAUGUGAACACAAAAAAUUGUGUUAUAUAUCUUUUUUGUACGGAUGUUGUCAACACUCAUCCCCCUUGUGUGUAACUUUCUUUUGGUUUAACACAUAUUUUUUUUAUUUUUUUUAAUUAGGGUGACAGUAAAAUUUGAAGUCGUGAGAUUUAAAUUUGAUACCAUAGCAACUACCAUCCACUUCAAAAGUUAAAGUUGUUGGAGAGGGUUUUAAAUCCUUUAACACAUCUCAAAUCGAUUGUUAAACUUUUGAGAUGCUUCUUUUGUAC